CAUGUGCCGUCCGUUUCAAACCCCGGAGCGCGCGGGGGCUUCUGGAAGCGCGCCUUGAUGGGCUUGCAGCAGCGAGCGCCCGCUGCCAGCUGUCUCUGGGGCUGUCGUGGGCGGUAGUGUCGCCGGCGGGCGGCCGGGUCGGUCCGCGCUCACACUGCCCGAGCCGCGGCCCGUGCGGGCGUCUGCCUCGGAGCCCGUGCGCGGGCGGAGCGGGGCCGGAACAUGGCGGCGUCGGGGCUGGAUCAUCUCAAAAAUGACUACAGACGAAGAUUUUGCCGGCCUUCCAGGGCACGUAAUAUUAAUAAAGAACAAGGCCAGAACAUGUUGGAAUUCUUACAAGACUGUUUUGAAGAAAGAAGUCUUGCUAAUGACUUUAGCACAAAUUCUACAAAAUCAGUGCUUUGUUCAACACCCAAAGUAAAAGACAGUUGUUUUCAGUCACCAGGCAAAGAGAUUCAAAAAUCAUGUCCAAAAUCAGUUCCAGUUUCUUCAAAGAAGAAAGAAGACUUUUUGCCAUGCUUUGAGGAACCAAGUAAAACUUCCAACAGAUCAGUUCAGGCUUAUGAAGUUCAUCAGAAAAGUCUGGCAACUGAUGUUGGUUCUCGAAAUACACCGGACUCGAAAAAAAUAUCCAGUAGAAAACUAGAUGAUUAUGAGAGUGAAUCUGAUGAAGAAUUUUACUUAUCUGUUGGCUCGCCUUCUGUUGUUUUGAGUGCAAAAACAUCUACAUCACAAAAUGCUAUUCCAUCUGUUGCCCAAAAGAGGGAGACAUAUAUUUUUGAAAAUUCAGAAAAUAUGCUGUCUUCAAGUACAGAGAUUUCUUUGAAAACCAAAAAAAGGUUAAACUUUGAAGAUAAAGAUAUUUUGAAGAACAUAGAAAUAGAGAAUGAAGUAUCUGAAGUUGAGGAUAAAAUAUCAGAAAGACAAGAAAGGAAACAAUCAGAAACGUCUCAGAAAAGAAUACAAAGUUUGGAACUUGAAAUUCAACCACAAGCUACAAAGAGGUUUUCAACCUUGUUUUUAGAAACUGUAACAAGAAAAAGUGAAUCAAGUCCCAUUGUUAGGCAUACAGCAACUGCUUCACCUCAUUUGUCGCCUCCAAAUGAUCCGAAAUUGUUAGAAGAUGAAUUUAUAAUUGAUGAGUCAAAUAGAAGUUUUGCCAGUCAUUCUUGGAUAUCCAUACCAAGAAAGGUUGGGCCUCUGAAACAACGCUCAGUACCCCCCACUGAGAGCACUGCAGUCCCUCAAGUUAAGAAGUCAAAAGAAAGACAUCACAGUAUAUCACCUACGACUUCAACACAUGACAACCAUUUGGAUGGAUCUCACCCAGUAGAGAAAUCUCUGCCCUGUGAUGACAAAAAACAAAGUAUGAGUUGUGCUUUGACGGAUGAAGUGGACAAUAAUUCUAGAUCUACAAAAUGUGAAACACAUUCCAAGAAUAAAGGAAAAUCAUCUGGAAAUAAAAAGACUGUAAAACAAAAAAAGAAAAAAAAAUAUAAGGCCAAUGUAGUUGAAGAACAGCUUCAUAUGGGACAAUCUAAAGAGGAAAACAUAAAUGCACAUAAAAAACAUAUUGCACCCAAGUUACAAAGAAGUUCAAGCAGAAACAUGAAAGACUGUGAAGAGAUGAGAAAUGAUCACAUUUCCAAAAUGGUACCAUCUGUUGGAAGCAAACAAAAGAAAUCCACCAAAAAGCAAGAUAAACAAGAAUCUAUAAAGAAACACUCUCCUAGUGAGUCAAAGAACAAUCUUGUACCUGAGAAAGUGACUGUCCUGCGAAGUCGAAGAAUUUCCAGGCGUCCAUCUGAUUGGUGGGUGGUAAAAUCGCAGGAGAGUCCUGCUUAUAGUGAUUAUUCUUCAAUAAGAAAUGAAUUAUCAGUGCAUCACAACAGUGGACAAAAACCUGCUAAGACAAGAAAUCAGUCAUCUAAGAACAUUGGGAAAAAAGCUAUCCCACCCAAAAAACAGAAGACACCGACUCAAGGCAGCCGCAGGGCACAGAAGGUUGUCCACGAUAAAGGUUCUGGAGGUCUCAGUGUACGUGGUGAAAUUCCCGAUUGUUCGCAGAACAAUAAGCCAGUGGAAAGUGAUGAAUCAGACUUGGCCACCAAGAAAAAUCUCAGUUGUUCCAGAUCUGUGGAAAGCUCAAAGGAACAAGAUGGUAUCAUGACGGCACAAAAUGUUCAUCUAAAAUCUCAGAGCAAUGAAUGUACAUGCAAAACACCCACAGGGUUUAAUCUGGAUUCUGUAGAGCCUAAGCCAUUGGUUUUGGAAGAAAGUGGACCUGCCAGGCUCAAGAAUAAUUUAAUGUCUAGAAAGAAAAAUUCUGAUGUGAAUGACGAAGACAUUCAGGAUAGUUUAGAUUAUAAAAGAGUAAAAAGAUCUCAAGUGACAUCAGAGAAGAAAGUACAUCACAAAUUAGUAUUGCCUUCCAACACACCAAAUGUUCGCAGGACCAAGAGAAUACGUUUGAAACCUUUGGAAUACUGGCGAGGAGAGCGAAUAGAUUAUCAAGGAACACCAUCAGGAGGACUUGUGAUUGGUGGAGUACUAUCUCCAGAUGCAGUAGUACCUAAAAGGAAAGCAAAAGGAAACAUGGAAAAAGUCAACAAAGUAGCUAAUGGGAAAAGGAUCUGUCUUGAUAACACUGAAAGAAAGAACAGAUUAAUGGUAAAUCUAGAUAUACCUCUAGGAGAUCCUUGUCAACCAACAAGGGUAAAGGAUCCAGAAACAAGAGAGUUUAUUCUCAUGGAUCUUAUAAGGCCACGAGAUACCUACCAGUUUUUUGUUGAGCAUGGUGAGUUGAAAGUAUAUAAAACAUUGGAUACACCCUUUUUUUCUACUGGAAAAUUGAUAUUAGGACCACAUGAAGAAAAGGGAAAGCAGCAUGUUGGCCCAGAUAUAUUAGUCUUUUAUGUUAAUUUUGGUGACCUUUUGUGUACGUUACAUGAAACACCUUAUCUAUUAACUACUGGGGAUUCGUUCUUUGUUCCUUCAGGUAAUUAUUACAACAUCAAAAAUCUCCUAAACGAGGAAAGUGUUCUUCUUUUUACUCAGAUAAAAAGAUGAAAAAUGAAGCCAAUUUAAAUACCUGUAUGUAUAUAUGUAUAUGGAUUUAUGUACACAUGUAACAAAUGUUUGUAUAGUUGGGACAUUUACCUUUGUGUUACUUGUGAUGUUUUAAAAUAAAAAUUUUAUUCAGUUUUGUGUAAACUUGUAUUAGGUAAACAUUUUAAACUUCUACAUGUAGCUCCCAAUUUUUCCAUAAAUAUACAAAUGACCUGUGGUGAUGCCUAUUUUUAUGUUAUUUUGAUAAUUUGAAAAGAAUACCAAAAUCACUGCUCCCACAAUGAAAUACAUGGUGUUUCAUUGCGAGUGACUACUGACUUCAAUGUUUAUUCCUUUAUCAAAAUAUUUUCUAAGUAUUGGUUUUAAGUCAUUGAUCAUUAAAUGAUCUCCUCUAUCUCCUAUUCCCAUUCUUAUAUUUUAAAGAGAUCUAUUUUCAGUUAACUUUAUACUCAUUAUUAACCCUACACUAAAUAAAGAGUUCAAAAAAUAGUAUGAAGGAAAAAAAUAAUUGUGAUAAAUGGUAUCUCUGUAUUAGUUUCCUAUGGCUGCUAUACCAAAAUAACUACAAACUUAAGACUACAAAAAUUUAUCGUCUCAGUUCCAAACAGUAGAAGUCUGAACUCAAGGUGUAAUCAGGCCUCUGUUUCUGAAACCUAUAGGGGAAGACGCUUCCUCCUGUCUUCUGAACUCCUGGUGGUUUCUUGGCAGUCUUUGGCAUUUCUUGGGUUGCAGCUGCAACACUUCCAUCCUUGCUUCCCUUGUCACGUGGUGUUCUUGCCUCUUGUUUUUGUCUUUGCACAGCACCCAUGCAACUAUUAACACGUGCACACUUUUCAGUGGUCUUUCUGUUGAUAGUUUCCACUGGAGGUGUGUUCUUUUCCAUUGCUUUUUGUGUGGCUUUCUUUUUCUUUUAAUGUUAAAAUGAAAUACUAUAAUAAAUAAAUAAAGCUAAUGGGUCUAACUUUCAUUUUUUGAAUAGAAAUAUAAACUGUUCACUUUGAAGAAAUUUAUAAUUCAUGGUAAGUUAUCCUUAGACUAACUAUUUUUCAAGUCUAUUUAAUAGAUAAAAUAUAAAUAUUCAAAACAGAUUAGGAGUGGGGUAUUAAGAGAAGGGUGAUAAAGUUUUGUGUAUUUUUCUUCUAGGGCUUUGCUUUUAUUUUAUUUUCCCUGCCUUGAAAAUGGAGAGUUGUUUCUCUUUAUGACAAAUUUGCUAUUAAUUAUGAUUUCAAAAGUGAUAAUUAUAAUGCCAAUUUUAUUUCUGCUCUUGUAUUUCAGUUUGGUUAUAUUUUCUGUACAUAAAGAUACUAUAUGUUUAUACAAUAGACUUAUAAAAAUAAAUUUUAGCUGGAGAUAUAUUGAAUAGUCUGGUAACAUUAUCACUAGAUUUUUCUUAAAAAAACAUUAAUUGGACAUUUUAAUUUCAGUAAUUUUCUUGUCUUUUAACCACCCUAAAGUAUUACAUGUACUCAUUCUAUUUGGAGUUGUUUCAUGAUUAUAUCAACACCAAAUUUAAUAUUUUUAAGUUUCUUUGAAUCAUAAAAGUUUUUCAGAACUGCUAGUGAAGUAUUAUUUACUUAAAUAUAAAUACUUUUUAAAAUAAUUACUGGAUCUUUUAUUACAUACCUGUUUUGUAGUGUUCAUAAAUAUUAUCAUUUUAGGUAGAUGUCAAAUUAAACUAGGAAUUUCAUUUUUUAUUAAAUUUCAGAAUAAUGAAACAAAAGAAAACUAAGAUUACUUAUUUGCAUCUAUGGUUAAUGACAUUUUAAAUUCUAGCUAUUCCUUUGUUGGAAGUGAUCUGAACUUGAAUUUGUCAUGUGAACCAAGUAUUUAGACAUUGACAUUAUGUUAGGAAUGAAUGGAUCUCUUUUGUUCAUUGAUCCUCAUUUUUGGUAACCCUCACUUUCAAAUAUAAGCUUCAGCUCCAUUUCUUCCCAUUUUCUGAGCUCCAUGGGAACACAAUAAGAAAAGGGAAGAUAAUAUUGAGUCUUCUAAAGAAAUUUUAUGCUUAUUCUGAAAUGAAAUAGUAAAGAAAUGAAUACUUUUCACAUGACCCUUUUGUCUCAAAUACUGACAUAGAAAUGUGUUUUCAGAAUGACAAGGAAAAAGUAUUUAACUACAAAUAAACAUAUUUUUAAAAUAA